AGCAGUCAAGAAACAAUCAUUUAACAUUUAAUAAGUGUAUUGUAAGAUUGUGCAAUAUAUACAGUAAAACCUUCUGCACGAUACCGUCUUAUCCAUAUAGUGGAACAGACGGGCUUAUACGUGGUUGUUGUUAAUAGUGCUGGAAUCGGUCGUACUGGAACAUUUUUGGCUAUCACCAUCUUGCUAGAACAAGGCAGAAAAGAUGGCGUCGUUGACGUCAAAACCUGUGUACAGACGAUGAGGAAAAGCAGGGUCAACAUGGUCCAGACACCGGCCCAAUACACAUUCAUUCAUGACGCCAUACUAGAGGCACUGAUAUUCAAGGGAACCACUGUAGAUGCCGAACAAUUUUCGAAUUACUACAAGAAGCUGCAACAGCCGGGAAACGAUCUACCAACAAUAGAACAACAAUAUGAGUGGCUCAAACGGAUGAGAAUGGACACCAUACCAGCAAAUGUUAAAAGCGCGACGGAGCACCGCGACAAAAACCGAUUUCCGGAUAUAGUUCCGCAGGAUAAUCAGCGUCCGUUCCUGAACCGCCUUUACACGAGCGGUCACGACUACAUCAACGCCGUUUACACAAAGGAGACGCGACGUGACACGACCGUGCUGGCGACACAGAUACCGUUGCCGACCACGGUCGCUGACUUUUGGACGCUGGUCGUCGAACAUAACGUCUCGCAGAUAGUCUCGAUGGAGACAGCGCCACCUAUGGAUCAGACGUGCGCUCCAUAUUUUCCGACCGAGGAUAUCGCCGUGUUGACUGACGGUGCUUUCCGAAUCGAUUACGUAAAGACAACGCAGCUUGAUGUUGGCACAGUCACUCACUUGGAAGUGCUUAAUCUGAAGGAUAACGCUAUGGCGCCGCGAUCCGUGCGCCAUCUAGAGUUCAAUGCGUGGUCAGCCAGCAAUAAGACACCAGAUACCCCGGCGGCAAUGCUUAGUCUCAUUAAACACGUGGCCGACUGGCAACAUAAGACGAGCGACAAGAAAAUAGUAGUAGCCUGUAGAGAUGGCGCUUCGAGAAGUGGGCUUUUCGCAGCGUGUUGGGAGAUAUUACAUAGAUUGGAAACCGAGCAACUGGUCGGAGUAUUCUCUGUGUGCCUCUACCAACGCCAAUUUCGGCCCCAAUUCAUUCCCAAUUUGGCCCAAUACGAGUUCUGCUACAUGGCAAUCGACCGGAAACUGGAAGACUAUGAGAUCUAUUCCAACUUCCGUUAGUUCGAAACACUGGUGGUUUCUUUCGUCAUUCGGACACGCUGGGAUAAUCUUUAGAAUUUCGCGAACUUGUUUAUAUUAUUAAUUAUGUAGCUGUACCAUACUAUACCGAUGGUAAACGAAAUGUGCACAUAGCGUUAGGAGUUAAAUACGCGCGGAGAACAAAUUUACAUUUGGGAGUAAUUAAUAUAAUUGUCUAAAUACAAAAGCAAUGCCAAUGAUAGUUUACUAGUAGUGAGUGUAAACUUUUUAGAUCAGAUCUAAAAAACACUAAAAACGCGUCAUUCCUAAUUCUUUCUCUAAAAGUGAGUGCCCGAUUCUCGUGGAAACAUACACAUGUGUGUAGCGAAGUUGCUUGCGUACCGUGAUCGUAUUAGUGGUUACGCGUGGGUGUAUAUCUAACACCCUUUGCUAACGUCUAUUAAGCACAUAGUGAAAAGAGCACAACAGCAGUGGUAUACGUAUUCUAGUUAUUCUCUUUAAUCGUUACCUCUUAACUAUGUAUAAUCCCACAACAGGGCAAUCGCGUACACCAGGGUUACGCGAGACACGUCAUAACUUACGAGGCUAAUGCUGUGACGUCCGGUUAUCUAUCGAAUGUGCAGUAUAUAUAUAUCGUAUUCUGUCUAUGUUUUGCGAGCUCUCUGUCUGUUCUUCUCUCUCGCCAAGCAAGAGAUUUUAUACCCAAACUGGAGACCCACCUACCUAUUGUUUAUCGUCAACCCUCUAUACGCGACUGCCUGUAAUUGGUUGCCUCUACUAACUGGCUGGUACAUGGUCACGACUUUACACAGCUGGGCAUGUACCCAAAAUAGAACAAUAGCAUAAUAGUGUGUAUUUCUUACUAUGUAUUUCUGCGGUAUUACACUAUCCCCUCCUGUUAGAAAAAGUUGUAAGCUACAGCUAUGCGGCGAACAACGUAAUAAAAAAUAAAUGGUGUUGCGUUCACUUGAAUACGUA